AUGGGUCGGAAAACUAAGCAAAAGUCAUGCUUCGCGUGCGUCGAGACUAAGCGUCGCUGCGACAAGCGAUAUCCAUCAUGCUCACGGUGCCUCGAUCGGGAGUCGGUCUGCACUUAUCCUUCUUUGCCGAGACGACAACCUCUUGACUUGAUUGAGGCUGAAGCUGCGCCAGACGUGGGCUUCGGAGAUAUGUGGACCUCUGCGGCUGACACGAGUAAUCUGGCUUUAGUUGGAGAAAUGUCUGAGCAAUGGCUCCUGGAUCCCAUCUUCAGCACCAAUCUGAAUUGUCUCUCGAUACCGUCAUGGACGCCCCCUCUAUCAGAUCCAUCUUCCCUACCAGGUUCAUCCUCAGGCGGCACUGCUGACUCUGGUCAGUUGACGCAGAAAUCCCGGGAUUUGAGCUGGUUUCUUGGACCUCAGUCAUGGACUAUAGGAUAUCACUACAACGCCCCAGACGUAAUUCAUCCAGCUUCCGUCUUCACUAAUUUCAUCCGAGGCUUACAAAAUUGGUUAUCGCGCUUUGUUAAGACGGGGCACAACCCUUUCAUCCACCGACACCUCUAUUCCGACUCCGGAUAUCCGCAGUGUAUUCAAGAUGCAUACUCGGCGUGCGUCAUCUCCAGCUCUGCAAGUAGCGAGAAUGAAACCAUCGUCAAUGCAAUCUCUGCCACACACAUUACAAAUCUACUGAAUGAUCAGCCCACCGGGGGUACCAGUAUCAUCUCCACCCGGGACCAUCUGGCCCGCACUCAAGCUCUUCUCAUUCACAUCCUCCUCGCACUGUUCUCUUCCUCCAUUGAACGUCGGGCAAGAGCUGAGAACCUCAUCAGCCUUCUACACGCGUGGAAAAAUCAGCUAUGGGAGUCUGCAACACAUGAUAGCACACUUGCCUCACCCUUGCCAAUCUUAGCAACUCCUAGCGGAACAGCAGUCGGGGAACUGGACCCUAUCCCCGGCCUAUAUCGCUCGUUCAUUCUGUCCGAAUCCAUUCGCCGCACUGGUCUGCUGUGUAACAUCGCCACUGGUGUAUAUGGGGGAUUGAAAGGGAGCAACAUACAGUCAUGCGGGGGCGACAUCCAAAUCACCACACAAGCCAAGUUUUGGGAGGCAUCUUCGUCUGCACGGUGGGAGGCUGUUGCCCGACAGACUGAUCCGUUGUUUAUCUAUUCGUUAAAAGGUCAAAUGCUACUAGAACAGGGCGUUGUUGCUGCGGAGGUUGACGACUUUGCACGACAUUUGUUCACUAUUAUGUGGGGAUUGGAAAAGGUUGAGACUUGGGUCGUGAGGACGGGAGAUGAGGUUUCCGUUGUGUACUAG